CUUUUUCUCUUCUCCGUUCUUUAAUUUUCCCCUUUCAUCGAUUUUGCGUUUUAGCCCCUCCGGAAGACUCUAAUUGCUGUCCGAGCCCUCGGCUCGAUCCUUGCUCGAGCUGCUCCGAUCGGGCUCGCCGCCUGUCGAGGAUCCGGCGGGCUCGAAUCCGGGCCCCGUUUCGUUUCCUCCCGGCAGAAAUUUCGGGUUUCAUGGUCUUGAUUUGCCUUGUGGCCAACUGGUUAGGUGUUUCUCGUCGGUUCCGCCGAAUCGUGGCUUUCAAGCUUGGGUUGCGGCCGGGUUUCUGCAUUAGGAAACUUCGGAUUGGGGAUUUUCUGCCGGAGGAAGCCUUCCAACGGAGCUGCCUUUUGGGACGAGCUCUUCCAGUUUUGACGGUUCCAGGGUGCGCCAGGCUUUGAGCGUGAGCUUGGCAACCUCGUUUUCGUGUGGGUUUUAGUUAACUUUCGUGUAGUGGAGAGCAAAAGUUUUGGGUAUUUUAAGGAGGUCAAGUCUGGUGGUGGUGGUGGCAGCAGCCCUGAGGCAGGAGAUUUCUUCCUCUCGGUAGACGCCCAUAGGAGGCGCCUUCGGAAGGGAUUUCUUGCCAUUACCCAAAGUUGUCGAUUUUUCCCUCCCAGCAAGCCAACUGAAGGCUGCCUUCGGAAGAAAUUCACCCAGUUCUCCAGGUUUGGGAGUAGUGUCCUCGCUAUUUGAUCAGCAUUUGCAUCCGAGGGAUACAAUCGUGAGACUGGGAACUUUGAGUUUGCACAGGGUGCUGUUCUUGCAAUGGGUAAUCAAAAUGGGACCCUUGGGACCGAUUGCUACCACAAUCGGUACCCCAGGGCGCGUCCUGUUUCUGUAUAUUCAGAUGGGUACGUUGAGGGGGGCGGCUACUUGGACUUGAAGAAGCCCUUACCAGAGGCGAACUCGCUUAAGCCCAGCGCUGCUGGUAUUCUGAGGCAAGGAUUGGAUCCGACAUCUAUAUCUGUGCUUGGGCGGAAGACGGCAGAUCUAAGGCAGAAUUAUAUCCUUGGUCGGAAGCUUGGGCAGGGUCAGUUUGGCACGACAUACCUCUGCACUGAGAUUAGUACAGGGUGUGAAUAUGCAUGCAAGACCAUCUUAAAGCGCAAGCUCAUCACCAAGGUGGAUGUUGAGGAUGUGCGCCGUGAGAUACAGAUAAUGCACCAUUUGUCAGGACACAAGAAUGUUGUUUCAAUCAAGGAUGUUUAUGAGGACGGGCAGGCAGUGCACAUAGUGAUGGAGCUCUUGGCUGGUGGGGAGCUCUUUGAUCGAAUCAAGGGGAAAGGAUAUUACAGUGAACUGAAGGCUGCAGAGAUUAUAAAAAUUGUUAUUAGCAUUGUGGCUAUGUGCCAUUCACUUGGGGUGAUGCACCGCGAUCUCAAGCCAGAAAAUUUCCUCCUUUUGGAUAAAGAUGAUGACCUGUCAAUAAAGGCGAUUGAUUUUGGUCUAUCCAUUUUCUUCAAACCAGGGCAGGUUUUCAGUGAGCUGGUUGGGAGCCCAUACUAUCUUGCUCCUGAGGUAUUGAAUAAACGUUAUGGACCAGAAUCUGAUGUGUGGUCAGCUGGUGUGAUACUCUAUGUAUUGCUGAGUGGGGUCCCACCAUUUUGGUCAGCAGAGACACCUCAAGGAAUAUUUGAUGCAGUUCUUAAGGGGCACAUUGAUUUUGAAUCAGAACCUUGGCCUAAGAUAUCUGACAGUGCAAAGGAUCUUAUAAGAAAGAUGCUCUGCCAUUGUCCUUCAGAGCGCUUGAAAGCCCAUGAAGUGCUGCGGCAUCCCUGGAUCUGUAAAAAUGGUGUGACCACUGGUCAGGCCUUGGAUCCCAGCAUUAUCUCUCAGCUUAAUGAGUUCUCUGCAAUGAAAAAUCUAAAGAAGUUGGCUCUGAGGGUGAUAGCUGAACGUCUUUCGGAAGAGGAGAUUGCUGGAUUGAGAGAAAUGUUCAAGGCAGUGGACAUAAACAAUAGAGGUGUAAUCACUUUUGGUGAGCUUAGAAAAGGUUUAACAAGAUAUAGCAAUGAAUUGGAAGAUGCCAAGAUUAGUGAUAUAAUGGAAAUGGCUGAUAGAGACGAUAAUGUAACCAUCAAUUAUGAAGAAUUUAUUGCUGCAACCAUGCCUCGUAACAAGAUAGAAUGUGAAGAACACUUGAUGGCAGCUUUUACAUAUUUUGACAAAGAUGGUAGUGGUUAUAUCACAAUUGACAAGCUUCAACGAGCUUUUGGAGACCAUAACAUGGAGGUCACUUUCCUUGAAGAGAUUAUUUUAGAGGUCGACCAAAACAAUGACGGUCAAAUUGAUUAUGCCGAAUUUGUAGCCAUGAUGCAAGGCAACAACAGUACUGGAGAUGGGUGUCAAAAACUGGAAACCAAUUCGAAUGUAACCUUAAGAGACGCACCCCAACUAGAUGGACCUAAAGUACAUUGAUGUGCAGAUUUCGUUCUCUUCCCGCGUUCAUCAUCUCUUCACGCUCAGAAUUGGACUGUGACAUUUACAAGAAGAGAACGAGUCGAUUCCUUUAGCCGGUGUUAUCUAAAAUAAGCUGGACUGGUUAGUACUAGUAAUUGUGAGAGACAAUAUCGUGGGCUAUGUAUAGUAGUGGUGUAUUGGUUCGUUCAUGCAUUCGUUCAUUGUGUCAGUUGUAUCCAGUGAAGUUUGGUUCCCAUAACCUUGUACCCUGAAACCUGUUGCUGCUAUAUUGGUAGCGUUGUUUGGGGCAGAAACUAUGGCUGCCCUGUGUAAACCGGAGCAUCAUCAAAUGCAUAAAUAAAGAAACAGGCCAGUUCAUGCUUU